UGUACGCGAUGUCAGUCGAAUGAUCCUGCUCGUUCAUUGAGCACCAUUAUCCGGUCAGCUGCGAUCGAAUUGCGGGGAGGUCAUUGAGGAGGAGGUAGGCAAUCUCUCGUCGCCAUGAGAUGCCGGUCGUCUGCAUCUUGUCUCGAUUCUCUUGGCCAUGUGGUUGUUUGGGAAGGGCCACAACUUCCGCCUUUCCUAUUGUCGAUUCCGGCUUUGUUCAAGCAGACAGGUGCCCUUCAUGCGACAGCAUGAGCUUUUCCUUUCCCGCAGGACUCGAUCUUCGCCCUUGACCGGCGUUACUUGUCCAACUCGCUUGAUCCCAUCCCAGGCAGGGCGACAUGGCAAUCAUCGUCGGUCGAUCGCUGCAAUUCAAAGUGUCCAUAUCUCGGGCGCCAUUGUCGAACAAGGUCAUAGUCGACGAAGGUGUGAGGUCCCAAGACCCAUUCGGAUUCCAGGACGGUGCCUCGAGCGGAUGGUCGCCGCUUCACCCUGCCCUUCGCCUUGUGUCCUGAGUGCAACCGAAGCUGAUGCCGAUGCAUUCUGCCCAUGUCGCCUGUGCCGACCACCUUACCGGACGUUGCGGUGGUGAGGGAAUUUUGACGAUGCUUGUGUUCGACAGUGCGGUCGCCGCUAUCCUAAGUCCCCGGAACAGAGUUUGCCAGCCAUCGACAUCGAACGUUAUGUGCGGUGUGCGCCGGGGUUGGCGCUGUCCCUGUGUCUGACU